GUUUGACGUUUGCGCUCUAUUUUCCAUUUUUCGAUGUAACUCACAACGUUGGAGAAUUAUCAAAAGUUCUUUCCUUUCCAAUAUAGCUUCAAAUUUUUCGUAACUAGAUAUGGCAGAAUUAAGUUAUAUAUUAUGUUUAUUGUUUAUUAUUGUUUAUAGCUUACAUACUGUCCUAUGUCGGGAAGGAAGAAUUCUCAACGGAGAGCCAGCAACACUUGGUCUUUUCGCGUCUCAGGUCCAAAUUCGCCUUAAAAAAAGAAAUUUACAUAAAUGCGGUGGUUCCUUAGUAGAAGAAACUCAUGUUGUGACGGCGGCUGUGUGCAUCGAUGGUCUUGCUGCCGAUAAACUGUCGGUAAUGGGUGGUGAUGUCAGUUUAUAUGAAACUACGGUAGGCUCUAGACAAUUCCGUGACGUAGACAUGAUCAUCAUUCAUCCAAGUUACAAUCCAAAAAUAGACAGAUGGGCAUAUAACGUUGCAGUCCUUAAGUUAUCUAUGGCCUUCAUACAAAAUAAGUACCUUGAACCUGUGGCUAUGAUACGCACGGUGAAUAAAAAUAGUACAGAGUGCUAUGUUCCAGGAUGGGGAGUUGGAUCAAUAAAGGACAAAGCGCCAACAGCUGCAGAUCGUCUUUACUAUAGUGAACUUUUCAUAGUAGACAUCGUAGCAUGCGGCCACUGCGCGGAAAAGACGCUAUGCGCCAUGCAUCCUAGCAUGCAGGAAGGUCCUUGUGAGGGCGACGAAGGUGGUGGUCUUUAUUGUAAUGGUUACUUACGUGGAAUCUACGCAGGUAGCUUUAAUGAAUGCACAGGAGCUGGUGCCACUUUUGGUGAUAUUAUACAGCUUGGACCUUGGAUUAAAAGUAUUUUGGUGUGGGAGGGGGACGGUGAAAUACCUCUACCAUUGCCCGAAGGCCGAAGACUGUAAUAUGCUAUUGGACGAAAAGCAGGCAGCGGUGGGUCAAGGUCAUAUACUGAAUCGAUUUUUAUUUUACUGGCAUACCUGUGGUUGUUAUAAGACUAAUUGCGAAGGGGCGUAUGUUUGAAUAUGGUUUGUCGCGUUGAUGCUAACGUGAUGAAAAGUAAACUCGUACAUAUAAAUUAUUUAUUAUGUUUGAAAAGCUCAGUGUAUAAAGUCAUAAAAUACCAUAUAAGCAAAA